GCGCACGAGCCAACAAUAGCCCGCCAUCUCGAUCCGUCUCCACCGGUUGACGUUUUUCCAUCAUCUUUUUUUUUUUUAAUUUCCCUUCCUUUAUUUUUAUUUCCUGUUUAACGUCGUCGCCGUCAUGUCGGUGGUCGUGGAGUCUGGGUUUUCCAGCGAGGAGGUGCUGACCAGCCGCUUCCCUCUCCACCGGGCGUGCAGGGAUGGAGACGUCGGCGCCCUGUGCGCGCUCCUCCAGCUCGCCUCGAACCCGGCUGACCUCGCGGUGGAGGACACCUUCUACGGCUGGACGCCCAUACACUGGGCCGCUCACUUCGGAAAGCUGGAGUGCCUGGUGCGUCUGGUCCAGGUGGGCUGCGGGGUGAACGCGGUCACCUCCAGGUUCGCGCAGACGCCCACUCACAUCGCAGCGUUCGGGGGCCACCCUGAGUGUUUGUUAUGGCUGCUUCAAGCUGGUGCAGACAUUAACAGACAGGACUAUGUGGGCGAGACGCCCAUCCACAAGGCUGCUCGAGCGGGCAGCCUGGAGUGCAUCAACGCUCUCUUGAUUCAGGGAGCGAAAGCUGAUAUGAGGAAUGCCAGCGGGCUGACGGCCGCCGACCUGGCCCACGCGCAGGGGUUCCAGGAGUGCGCUGAAAUUCUCUCCAAUGCCCAGAACUUCCAACAAAACAUGGCUCAGUCCCAUAACGGGGCGUUUCUGAACGGCACGAGCCGCAAUGGGGGCCACGCUCACCCCGCCGUCCAGGGCCGCAGCUUCCUGAACGGCGUGCCCAACAGAAAGAGGUCGUUUGAUGGCAUGGAAGCGAAUCCGGGGAAGAAAGCCAGACACAACGGUGUGUGCGUGCCAGAGCUGCUGAACGGGAACGGGCCACUGGGUGGCGCCAUCGAGGCACCGAUGGAGAGCAUGAACGUGGAGCUGGCUCCGACUGUCACCACAGGUGGGCCUGGGAACGUUGCUUUUGGGCUCAAUGGGUUUGCGCCGCCACAAGGGCCGGGGCCCAUGGAUCAGAGGGAGGACAGGUCGGGCCCCGUGGCCAGGGAGCUGGAGGUCAUCACGGUGGCGUCGAUGCAGACCCCCUGUCGCUGCACCAACUCUUACGCCUACCUGUAGACGGCUCUGUUCACUCUGAUGUUCUCCUUUAUUAUAAUCCGGCUUGUUUGUUUGCAGAAAUGCAUUUGUUUUGAUUUGAUGGUGAGCUACGACUGACGUGUUCAGCAGUGUGUGUGUCUGUGUGCCGUAUUUUCUACUAUUACAUGUUCCUGAUUAUACUUGGAUGGACAGAAAAAAAGAAUGCAUCUAUAUAUUCCAUUUAAAUAUUCCGUUAAGCAGAAUAUAAUCAUCCGUCCAUUUCUACCUGUAUUUGGUACGUAAUCCGCUCUGUGUAGGUUUAGAUUUGAAAGGUUGGUUUUGUUUCGCACAGUGAAAGUGCAAUAUGGUUUUUAUUGACCCGGUGGUUAAAAAUAAGUCAUGUUUUGAAAGCGUCUAAAAUCCUCCAUGUAAGUGACCUUCCUUACAUGGUGGCUUGCUGCGUUGGUUCCCUCAGAUUCACAGAUUCUGUCAGUACGACAUGGUUAAAGCUGUUACAGGAGAGUUACACAGUUCACUCUGUCUGGAAAGAAAACCUCAAACACUUUGUUCAAUCCGAGAUUCUUCAUUUGUAAAGAUGGCAUUUAUAUAAAGCUGAUGAGUAGGUGAGCACUCUUAAAUUCACUGAGAUGUCUUCUAAUGUAACGCGCUUGCUAAAGCUGUUUUAUAUCCAACGAUGACUUUAUGCCAAAGCAUAUCCCAACAUGAAUGUAGCUUGUAAAGUAUAAAUGAUCCCCCCUGCAGCUUCCCUGUAGUCUGUAGCUGUCCUGUUCUAAAACACGGUGGUCCAUGGGAUUGGGGAUUCAAUUAUUCCUGUUAUAUUUUUUUAUUUUAUUUUUUUCUGUUUUUUUUGUUUACCUGGUCUGAAGUAUGGUGAAUGUUUACUGUGUGUAUGUGUGCAGUAAAGUUUUUAGACUGAUAGCAGGGCUUGCACAUGUGUGUUAAAAACAGCGAUUUUGAAUCUGGUCAUUGGCUCUUUUACAAUCGGCAGUUCUGUGUGAAACGGACGGCUCGAGACGGUCUGCAUGGAUUUGUACACUUUGCAAAAAAAAAGCCUUAUUUCUUGAGCUCCAUUUAAUAUUCGAACAAUAACUUUAUUUACAUUUUUUCAACUUUUCUAGAUACUAAGGGAAACGAUUCUGUGGAUAUUUUCUAGUGAUGUACAUUGUUGGUGGUGGUUCCUGUU